UUUAAUUCAAAAUCAAAACCCUUGCUCCCGGACAUUACAGCUAAAACCCUCGUUCAGGACGAACAGAGCCCUUGCCAGAUCCUUCUGUGUAGCGAUAACAAACUAUCAACAUACAAUCUUCGAAACAAGAGAGGGAUCGGGGAUGAAGAUUGCUGUGGAAGGGUGCAUGCACGGGGACUUGGAUAAUGUAUACGCAACUCUCUUGCAUAUGCAAGAAGUAGAGAAUACUAAAAUUGACCUUCUCAUUUGCUGUGGUGACUUUCAGGCUGUUAGGAAUGAGAAGGAUCUGGAGAGCUUAAAUGUGAAGCCUAAAUAUCGUAGUAUGAACUCUUUCUGGAAGUAUUACUCUGGGGAAAAAGUAGCUCCAGUUCCAACUGUAUUCAUUGGUGGGAAUCAUGAGGCAUCAAACCACCUGUGGGAAUUAUACUAUGGAGGAUGGACAGCACCUAAUAUAUUCUUCUUGGGUUUUGCUGGAGUGGUCAAGUUUGGCAAUAUUCGCAUUGGUGGAUUGUCUGGAAUUUAUAAGGCUCAACAUUACUAUUUAGGAUAUUAUGAGAGGCUACCAUAUGAUGAAAGAGACAUUCGGUCUAUAUAUCAUGUCCGUGAAUUUGCUGUCGAAAAGCUCAUGCAAGUUGAAGAACCAAUUGAUAUAUUCCUUUCACAUGAUUGGCCUCUUGGCAUCACUGACUAUGGUAACUGGAGGAAGCUUAUUCAAGAAAAACCCUUUUUUAGGCAAGAGGUACAUGAAAGAACCCUGGGAAGUAAACCUGCUGCAGAAUUGGUAGAAAGGUUGAAACCAGCUUAUUGGUUUUCAGCUCAUCUACACUGUAAAUUUGCUGCUCUAGUCCAACAUCCAGAGGGUGGCCAGGUCACAAAAUUCCUUGCACUAGAUAAAUGCCUUCCAGGGCGUAAAUUUUUGCAGGUUAUUGAAAUUGAAUCUGAGCCAGGACCUUACGAGAUUCAGUAUGAUGAAGAAUGGCUUGCAAUAACAAGGAAGUUCAACUGUGCAUUUCCUCUCACUAGAAGAAGUGCCAAUUUUGGGGCUGUACAGCUUGACAUACAAGAAUGUCGCCAAUGGGUCAGCAAUAAGCUACAGACAAGAGGGGCUAAACCUUUUGAGUUUGUGCGGACAGUUCCAUGCUACAACCCUUCUCGGUCUUCUCCUAAUAUUUCCUUUACUGGAUAUUGCAGGAAUCCCCAAACAGAAGCUUUCUUGCAGUUUCUAGAACUUCCUUAUCUUCUCAAUAACACAGAAUCAAGGGACCAAACCCAUAGUCCGGCUUCUUUUGUUUCUAGAGGUGCAGGUUCCUUUGACCAUGACAGUGAUGUUGAUGAAAUUGAAGAACUUGCUGAAGGUCAUGACUCCGAAGCUGAGCAGGAAAUAUUAUAGAGCUUUUGGAUAACAGUCUGUGGCACUUCGUAUCUUCCCUCCCCCCCUUUCUGUUGUGGACCGGAUUUUAAUGAUUUUUCAGCCUGGCUUGAUCCACAUUACUUCAGGAAGUUUAUUUGCUAAUCAACUUGGUUAUGAAGAUGAAUUUCCUUUACAAGUUAAUAUAUAUAUUUGGAUUUUGGCCAAAGUUGGGCCAAUCUGUACUUGAUAAACAAAAUUUAAACUCUCUUUCUAUCCUCUCUUCCUCCCUCACUUAUUCUUGGCUGAACUUUCCAGUUUUGAAAUCUUUUCCUGUUCAAGCCUCUAGUUUUUGCACAAGGACAACCAAGGAAUUUAUGUCUUGGAAAGCCAAGAAUAGCUGGACUUGUAAAAGUACACUAUUCUAAUGGUAUGCAUAUUUUGUAAUUA